UAUUUGUUACUUUGUAGUGAUGGGUCCUUGCACCCUGUGCAUGAUUUAUACAAAUUAUAAUCAUGUACUAUAUUACGGAAUGUUUAUGUAUUUUGGUAUUUAGGUUGUGCAUGAUUCAAUUAAUAAAUGUGGCUAAUAAUUUUUUUAUUUACUUAGGCGUAAAAGAAGUGCAUCAGAUACAUGGAGGCGUUGAACGGAAGCGGGAGACAGGAUGAUGGUAGUUGUAUGGAUGAUAUUGGCAACAUGAGUCAACUGAGCGAUGAGGACGACGACGACGAUGAUGACGCUGAUCUAGCUGGUGCCAGUGGGGAAGCGGCGAUGAGACGGAAACCAAUAAAAUGGCAGAUACUGAGGAUACAGAAGAGUCAACAAAUCAGUCAAUGUCAAGUCCAGGUUGCCUGAGUGGCUUGUCGAGCUUACAAAGCUCAACGACGACGAGCCUUGCCAGUCCUCUGAAUAUGAAUAUGUUAA